AUGAAACAUUUUAUGAAACUGAAACACUUAUCCAGUUUAAGAAUCCGUACAUUCAUUCACACAAGUUGCACAGUUCACGGCGUAAGCAUCAUCUACCUCACAUCGGAAGACCGCCACGAUCACAAUUUUAUCUUCAAACAGUUUCAAAGGAAUCCCGCAUCUCAUCCCGGGGGUGGGAUUAGUGCGAAGAUCCCGCUUGACAGCCGGGAUUAUGGUACACAAACUAUUCAUAAAACUUCAUACAAACCAGCUAUUCAAAGGUCUAAGGAAUAUAGAAAAACAAAAAGAAAAAACGAUGAAGAUUCUUUUGAACCAGUUAGUUUUGUUUUAGGUGGAAGAUUCAAAAGGGAUUUGGGAUCUGGGAAUAUUAUGAUAACGCAACAUUUUAACGACAAAAUCGUUUCGCCUGGUGAAGAUGUUAGUCUACAAUGUACGGCCACGUCAGAUCGACCACCGCGCUUCAUAUGGGAGAGAGAUGGCGUUGUUAUAUCGUCUAACACAGAUUCGAGAUAUAUUCUAGGGCAAAUGAUGGCCCCAUCGGGUAUUGGAGUUAUAUCUCACCUCAAUAUUUCGAGGUCGAGGGUGGAAGACGGUGGUUUAUACGCAUGUAUUGCGUAUGAAGGAGAUGUUAGUACUAAGCAUGGUGCUAGGAUAGAUGUCUAUGGUCCUCCAUAUAUAAGAACUCUGCCACCAAUUAAAGUACAAAGCGGCGAUUCUUUGAAGCUACGAUGUCCCUACUACGGUUUUCCUAUCAGCAAAUUAGAAUGGGAACAUAAAGGAAAAAAAAUCAUAAGUUCAAUGCUUCCUCAACAUGCAAGAUACAAGCGGACUAACUUGAACAAUAAACGUAAAAACACUAGGAAAAGACGCAGAAAAAGACAGGUGUUAGAGUCUAGUGAAGAAGGCGUGUUGAGUAUUGAAAGGAUUGUAAAGGAGGAAAACGGGGAAAUGUAUACUUGUAUAGUAUAUAGUCCUUCUGGAGAAAUGGCUAGAAGAUCCUUUGAAAUUCAAGUCGUUGAAGCUCCGGAGUUAGAUGAACUCCGAGUUGGUUCAGGACUUAAGGAAGGACAGAUCGUUCAAAUUACUUGUAAUAUUAUUAGCGGAGAUCCACCUAUUUUCUUCUCUUGGCUUAAAGAUGGUAUGAAGAUUCCAGCCACUUUGAAGAUAACAGAACGUAGUUCUGAAUUAUUUAGCGUUUUAAUUAUUAAGCGGGUAUCUCUAGAACACUGUGGAAGAUACACCUGUAUUGCCACAAACCACGUAGGAAAGGUCAAUCAAACUACUGAUUUAUAUAUAAAUGUUGCACCAAAAUGGGUAGAGGAGCCAGCGAAUACGUCUCUUCUUUUAGGACAGCGGGGUAUAGUAGAUUGCAACGCUAACGGCUAUCCCACGCCUCAAAUACAUUGGAUGAAGAGAGAUGCUGCAUUAGGUAUUUGGAGGCCAAUACUCGACCUGGCAGGGGGAGGGGUCUCGAGUUAUCCAAACGGUUCGCUAUCAUUAGAAGUGGUAUCACUGGCGGAUGAAGGAGAGUACGCGUGUCAUGUAGACAACGGUGUAGGCGAGCCCUUACAUAGAAAUCUGUGGAUAAGUGUUAAUAAGCCAGUGCACUUUGAAUCCAUGGGAAUGAAUCUGACUACUAAAAUGGGAUUGCCAAUAUCGUUGACUUGCCAACCCUUAGGAGACAGCCCUAUACGAAUUAAAUGGACUGUUGAUGGGAAACCUGUGGAGUUUACGUCUUCCAGAAUAACAAUAUCAGAAAGUGUAACAUCGAAUGGUAUAAAAAGUUCAAUAAAUAUAAACUAUGUGGAGAGUAGAGACGGCGGUACUUAUGAAUGUAGAGCGAGCAAUCCGUACGGUGUCGCCACGUUCAAUAUACAUUUAAAUAUACUUGAACCUCCAACCCCACCAACGGAUCUCCAAAUAGAUUCUAUCACAAGUUCUUCAAUAAAGCUCUCAUGGCGAGACACCAUCUCAUCCCACGUACAGUACUACAGCGUACAGUACUCUUCAAAUCACUAUACUUUAUGGGAAUCUGCUAAAACCAUCAAUAUCACCAGACAAGAAAACGACAUACGACAAAGUAUAGAACUCAGAGACCUGACGCCUGCGGUCGAGUAUCGCGCGCGAAUUGCCGCCGGCAAUCAAGUGGACCUCAGUCCGUACACGCAGGCCGUACACUUCACUACGUUACAGGAAGCACCAUCAUCAAGUCCCUUGGGAGUCCAGGUCCAACAAACAGAUAGUCCUGGAGAACUAUUUGUAUCUUGGAUACCGCCUGCGCGAGAAACUCAUAAUGGAGCGUUACAAGGAUACCACGUGAAGGCAGUUCCUAGAAUAAAUGGAGAAGGAAACAAUGACUCUCAGACGAAAAUGGUGAAAGUCAUUUCAAGAAAAGGAAAGCAAGAGACAGUUUUAAGCGGCCUUUUAAAAAACACCAGGUAUGCAGUGUCUGUAAGUGCAUUCAAUUCAGCAGGAAAUGGGCCAUAUUCUUUACCAGUAUAUCAAACUACUAGAGAGGGAGCCCCAGAAGAACCGCCAUCUAGCGUAGAAUGUGUGGGAGCAUCUUCUACGUCAGUACGUGCUGCGUGGAGACAGAUCGCACGCACUGCCUUGUUAGGAUACACCGUACAUUAUUCUAAUGAUGAUGGUCCAUGGUUAAAUAUAACGACACCACAUACGGAAUUAUAUCUGCAAGGUCUUCUCAAAUACACCAACUAUACGAUCAAAGUUGCUGGAUUUUCCAACUAUGGCGUUGGACCAUUUUCGUAUCCAGUUGUAUGCACUACUUUACAAGAUGUUCCCGGACCGCCAUCUGCUAUAAAAGCCUUAGUUUCAUCUCCUACAUCCAUACUUGUCAGUUGGAAGAGACCUGAUCAACCUAAUGGAGACAUCACACACUAUACUGUUUACGUUAAACCUGUCACAAGUACAAAUGCGCCACAAAGCUAUCGCGUAGAGCCUCAGGAGUCUACAAGACAGCUCUCGUUCCCUCUAUCAGGGCUAAGUACGGGCGCGUACGAAGUGUUUGCUCGCGCGCAUACUAGUGCUGGUGAAGGCGCGCCUAGUAAUAGAGUGCAUGUGGAAGUUAGUAGCAGAGUGGUAGCAGGCGUAGCGUCUUUAGGAGGAACCAUCUCAGUAGGGGUCGGAUCGUCCCUCCUCUUAGUCUGCCAGUGCGUGGGGUCUCCCCCGCCCCGCACUGUGUGGUAUCACAAACAUAACAUCAUAACACACCAUCCAAGAUUCACAAGGAACCAUGAUGACAGUUUGCUUAUAAAUAAUAUAGACCAAUCACUUAGCGGUAACUACACUUGUCUCGCUAAAAAUCUGUAUGGAUCGGACUCAGUAUCAUAUGAAGUGUCAGUUCUGCCAACACCAGAGCCUCCUGUAUUAAGAGUGACGUCACACAAAAAUGCUCUGCACUUACAAUGGGACCAACCUAAGAAAGUUUCUGGAAAGAAUCAGAAAAUUAUAUACGAGCUAACUUGGAAAGAAGCGAAUGUCGCGUGGCAAGACACGUGGUCAGACAAAGGCGUCACCGUGCAAGGAGUGCAAGAGUAUACUCUAGAAGGACUGAAAUGUGGUACCAAAUAUUCUUUGAGAAUGACAGCUGCUAAUAGUGUUGGUGCUUCACAGCCGGCGUAUGUCGAUGCCAUGACUUUGGGUGGAGUUCCAAUAUCACCAACAACAACUGAAUGGUUCUGGAGUAACGCGACGCACAUAUACAUACAGCUAAGUGGAUGGGAAGAUAAUGGAUGUGAAAUUACAAGGUGGGAAGUCGAUUAUAGAGAAUAUGGAGGGAAGUUGUGGAGACGAGCGGAGAAUAGAUUACCAAUAGACCCAGUAUGGAACAGCCCACUGGUAACUCCGAAUUCCUUCGUCAUAUCUGCUUUAGUACCAGCGCGGUGGUACCAACUACGCGUGCUCGCUGAGAACGCGGCAGGCGUAGACGCGGCUGUUUAUAUGUAUGCUACUACCACUGUACAAGGGGAGGCGAUAGGACCUCCCACAGACUACUACGAUAUCAAUAUGCUAGUGAUUGUUUGCAGCUCGAUCUUGCUGCUCAUUUGCUUGUUCACUUGCCUCUAUAUUUUAGUAAAACGACAUAACCAUCAAAGAUUAACAGAAUACAGAAACUCCCUAACCGGAGAAUGUAAAGCAGAGCGCGUCCCACAACCCGCACCUGACAAUAGUCGGGUUUACAGUACACCUGUACACCUCACUGCUGAUGCUAAGCAUGAACUGUAUGAGAUAAGUCCGUACGCGCAAUUCGCUAUCGGAUUUCGAACAUUCGGUCACGUGGACAAUCAAGAAGCACCCGCCAGAAUGUUACCUGGAAAUAGCAAGAGAUAUGAUAGUGAAACAAGCUUUCAAAUGAGAUCAGAAUCAGAAGAAAGCGACUGUGUUUCAAGAACAACCACCUUAAAAAGUGCACCACGAAAAGCGUGCAGAGUUCCGCACCACAGCCGAUUCCGGCCACGGCGGCCAAUCUCAAUGAGAUUAGCCAACUGCGCAGGAGAUAUUAUAGUGCUCAAGUGUACGCGCAGACACAAGUGCACUCUCUAUUCCUAUCACUCUCAUACUCCGGUGGGACGACCACUCGACACGACCGGUGAGAGUUUAGGCGCAGGACCGACGGCUUUACGUGCUCUCCGAGGCACGGGGGUGAAACACCGCCAACUUCCCAACUCCGGGCUGUUACUGAGACCUUCUAUACAGGAAGACUCAAUAACUAAACUUGGCCCGACCCGGGACUCGAACCCAGGACCUCCGGGUGUGCAGCCGUACAUGCUAGCCACUACACCACCGAGGCAGUUAAAAUAUAUAAUAAUAUAUAAAGAGUAUUUG